GUUUAUUUCUGAGCUCUGCUGCACCGCCGCUCCGCACUGACUUCACCGCAUGAACUGGAACCAGAAUUUGCUUUUCAGCCAGCUCUUCUUGGUGUUGGGGAUCAUCUGGUGAAACCAGGAAUACGACUGCAAAAGACGCUGCAGUGUCUGAAUCCAGUUUUUGUCCAUAGACCUUUCCACGGAAUUACCUGCAGAGUUGAAUCCAUAUAAGUCUGGGUUCAUGCCGGAUUUCGAGCAUUUCAGAUUUUCCUAUUCGAGCAUGAAUCCGUUCCUGGGGGAGAGCGGCUUCCUGGGUCCGCAGCAGCAGCAUCACCAGAUGAUGGGACAAACAGACUCAGCCAUCCCGGAGCCAGGCUACUUCCUUGGAGACCAUGGAGGAUUUGGGCCUGAUGGUUUGACCGGACUGGACCUGGGCGCCCUGCCGCCGUCGGGCCUGGCCUACCUGCAUCUGAACACCCCCCUCCACCGCGUGCCUCCAGCGGCUACAGCGCUCCGCAACGACCUGGGCUCCAACAUCAGCGUACUGAAAACCUUAAACCUGCGGUUCCGCUGUUUCCUCGCUAAAGUGCACGAGUUAGAGCGCAGGAACAAGUUACUGGAGAAGCAGCUGCAGCAGGCGUUAGAGGACAACAGCGGGGGAGAUGUAGAGAAACCUCUCACCAAAGACAUGGGGGUCCAGACUGGAUUUAUCGGGCCUAUUCCAACCAGACCGAACCUCAUCCCGCUCCACAACGUCAACAACUCGGCCUACUUACCUGGUGGCCUCCUCUCUCCCACCCUGAACCCACCUUCACUCUUUGACAAUAAAUACCUCCUGGGAAACAACCUCAACACAGACUCGAACUCCAACCUUACCAUGUCCGGCUUUUCCAUCAGCCCAGCACUGAGUCCCAGCGACCCGUCCAGAACCAACAUCAACGAGAAGCACUCUCAUCACACCGGGACAAACACUAACACUCUUCCUCCUCCUCCGCGCUUCCUGCCCGGAACGAUCUGGUCCUUCAACCACACCCGCCGGUUUGGCGUCGGAAAGGAGUCGUGCGUAACGGGGCCUGGGGUCUCCUGGACGCACCCUGACGGUGUGGGGGUCCAGAUUGACACCAUCACCCCGGAAAUCAGGGCUCUAUACAACGUGCUGGCCAAGGUGAAGAGAGAAAGAGAUGAAUACAAGAGAAGAUGGGAAGAAGAGUACGCGGCCAGGAUGGACCUGCAAGAGAAAGUGGCUGAACUUGAAGAGGACCUGCAGGAAAGUGAAGUGUAUCAGGAUGAGCUGGCUCUCAGGGUGAAGCAGCUCAAAGCAGAGCUUGUUCUCUUUAAAGGACUCGUCAGCAACAAUCUGUCAGAUCUAGACAGUAAGAUCCAGGAAAAAGCCAUGAAGGUGGACAUGGACAUCUGCCGGCGCAUUGACAUCACUGCCCGCCUCUGUGAUGUCGCCCAGCAGAGGAACUGUGAAGACGUUAUCAACAUGUUCCAGGUAACCACGCCUCCCUCCACUUUGAGCCGCCGUGCCAGGAACCUGAGUGGGCAGUCGUCAAAGGGUGGGGAUGGAGAAGAACAGAGCAUGUCUGAGAACGAGGGAGGCGGAGCCAAAGAUGAGGAGUCGUGCAGCACAUCGGCCAAUCAGAUCAACGAGCAGAUGCAGAGGAUGCUGAAUCAGCUGAGGGAGUGUGAGUUUGAAGAUGACUGUGACAGCCUGGCCUGGGAGGAAACAGAAGAAACUCUUCUACUGUGGGAAGAUUUUCCUGGAUGCACACUUGGAGUGGAAACACAAGGAGAGGUGCAGGACGAGUCCAUCGAAAAAGUGAUUAAAGACACAGAGUCUCUGUUUAAAUCCAGAGAGAAGGAAUACCAGGACACUAUAGACCAAAUAGAGCUGGAACUGGCCACGGCGAAGAGUGACAUGAACCGUCACCUGCACGAAUACAUGGAGAUGUGCUCGAUGAAAAGAGGCCUGGAUGUCCAGAUGGAGACCUGCAGGAGACUCAUCACGCAGAGUGGAGACAGGAAGUCCACCUCCCUCAUCACUCUGACGGUGGAUGAUUCGGACAGCGAGGAGAAGGACAGGAAGAAGCCAGCUCUACCUGCCAACUCUGAGAACAGAGAUUCUUGCUGCGAUAUUAAUGCUGCCAUCCCUCCUCUGACUUGGAGAAAACCCUAGCACACACACACACACGCACAGCUUAUACUUCCUUUAGUGCUGCUGAUUGAUGGGAAAACUAAACUUUCACACAUCUAAGAUUGUGUCUCAUUUUGGUCACUUAUAGAAGGAAUUUUAGAAACAGCAACUGCAAAGUUUUUUGUUUUUGGUCCCUCAUUCUUUGAGCUGUAUUUAAGCAGCCUGAUGACGCCUGAUGUCAGAAACCAACCAAGCGGCAGAGCUAAAGCAGAAAGCUGAGUCAUUUCUGUAUGAAGCCACAGAAAGUUUCUCCAGCUUCAUUCUAAACCUAGAAUUUGCACACAAAUAUUUGCAAUAGUCGUUUUCAUUGUAGUAACGAGAAAAUUUGAGUUACAUUAGAUAAAGCAUUAAGUUACCAAGCUUAUGUUAACUGCUGCCCUCUUGUGGUUACUGACUGUAACUACACCAGAUGAAUAAAGGGGAAACUGCACUUUAAGACUGAUUUCUCUCAUUUAGUCUUGUGUGAUGAAAUGAACAGGAUGUUCUGUUUUUUUUUCAAUUAUUAUUUUGCACACUGAUCUUGCUGUUAUUUGCAGGAGUCACUUAUUUGCACAGUCAGUAAAACUGCCUUUUAACAGCAGAAUUAUAACAGUGUACAGAAAGGCAGCAAUGCACAAAGAAAAUAGCUGGCACAAGGCACUAAAACAGAAUGUUUUUAUUAUCAUCUACAGUUAUGUACAGCUUUAAAAUAUUUAAAAUUAUAAUAUAAUGAAUAAUGAAUUGAUCACCCAGAAGUUAUUUUGGCAAUUUUCUUUAUGAUUUUGAGCUUAUAAAGCUGCUAAAGCCCAACUUGCCUUAAACUGAUAUCCAGCAGUUGAGGAACAUGGCACCCUCAAUGUUGACGUGACAAUUAAGACAAUGUUGUGAAGGUUCAAUGCUGAUGUUUGGCUUUUGAAAUGGCACAUUAAGCUACUUGAAUCAUCAAUUUUGACCGAAAUUAUUCGAGGCAGCUUAUGUAAACUUUGAUUUUUCUUCUGCAUUAAAAACAACCAACUUAACUCUCGAAAGAAACGUAAAUGGCCAAUUGUUUUUGCAAGUUUAAGAUUAAGAGGACAGACAUAUUUAUGCUGAGCUGUUAAAAAGAUCCUUGUGGCAGGUUUGUAAAUACUGAUUCUGGUUGAGAAAAAUAAAAAUUAUAAUAGCUAAAUGUUGCAUUUUUAGAUCAUAAUGAUACUUAAAAGGUAGAAAAAUGUUUCGACUUACAGAUAUUUUGAUGCCUAGACAAAUUCUAGAAGGAAUUUGAUGCAUGAGUUCUGAAUGUUUGAGGUUUCAGUGACAAGGGAUAUGAUGGCUGAAUUUUUUCUAAAUUAUCUUUCCAUUCUGGACACUGUCCUUACAUGAUCUAAAAGGUGCAGAUUUUUCUUUUUUAUAUAUUUAUAAUUUUUUUUUUGUUGUUGAUAAGUUGAUAAGUUCAGUUUUUGUUUGAGAAAAUAAGUGUAAGAAAAAUCUGGAUUCAGCUUUCUCAUUGAUAUUAUACAACUUUUUUUUUGUCACACCUAAAGUGGUAGCCAUUCUCCAUAUUUAGAUUUGUUACUAUAGUUAGUAAAAGUAAAUAAAUACAACCAGUUUUUCUGUAAAAGUGCUGCAACAUGUGACAGAUUUGUUAAAAUAUUUUUCUGUCCUGUAAAUGAUACCAUUUGUGAAGGCUAAAUAUUGUAUUUGAUGUAAAUGACAAUGCUGUGUACACUGCUGAACUACGAAUGCUGCAAGCUUCAUGUCCAAUUGAUGUAAACUUUGCAGAGAGUGAUGCAAUUUCACAUUUUAUCUAUACCAUUGUUUAAAAUAUUGAAUUAGACUUAUCAGUUGUGGUGUAUUCAUAAUGCUGGCUUCAAUAUUUAAGUGAAAAGGCAAUUUCAGGAAGGGUUACUUUAAGGGAGUUGUUGUAUUUGUACACUAUAUGGUGGUGAAAAAGCCGUCGUACGAGUUUUAAAUCUUCAUUCUGUGAGUUGUUUUUUUUCUCUCUCUCUGCCUCAUUUUUAAGUUCAGCUCAUGAUACCUUAUUCACAUCUUCAAUUACAUUAACAUUUGCUAGCUCAGUAACUUGCCAUGUUCAUCACAGAAAACAGACUUAUUAGAGGAAUAUUUUUACUUUUAGUCCACUUUUCUUCACUGUGUACAUUUACAUGUGUCCCAAACUAAACUGAAAACCUCUCAAAUAGCUUGUUUCUACAGUUCUGCACUUUUUACACAUUUAUCUUUGCUCAGUGAAGAAAGGGGCUGGAAUUAAAACAGCAUACUCCUUAAAUAUCAAGAAAAACACAGAAACUGUCUUCAGAAGACUUUCCAGAACGCAUCGCUCACCAUGUGAAACAGUGCAGUCGCUGCUUUAACUGAACUGUUUAUCUGUAUAGUCUGAUGUUAAGAAUACAGA